AUGCGUACUGCUGUAUCUCUCCUUGGCCUGGCUGCCGUAAGCCACGCACUGGAAAAGAGAACCUCGGCUUCGGCUUAUAGCUCAAAUUCCGCCGGAACCUACAAGCUCACCUCGAUCACCGCACCAGUCCAAGGAGCCGGCGACCCAGGCUCAAGCUCGACAUGGAAGCUCACUAUUGACGACACAAGCUCUGGCUAUAAGCAAACAAUUGUUGGAUUUGGAGGAGCCGUGACUGACGCCACUGUCACCUCCUUCAACACAUUAUCGAGUGCAAACCUCGAAGCCCUGCUCAAUGAUUUGAUGACGGAUGCGGGGGCCAAUUUUGCCAUGAUGAGGCAUACAAUUGGUGCCUCUGAUCUUUCUGGCAAUCCAGCCUACACGUAUGAUGACAAUGGGGGCUCUGUGGACACAUCUCUGUCUGGUUUCAAUCUCGGGGAUCGUGGAACGGCCAUGGCUAAAAUGCUGGCUUCCAUGAAGUCCCUGCAGUCAGCUUUGACAAUCUUUGGAUCUCCAUGGAGUGCUCCCGGAUGGAUGAAGAUGAAUGGUGUGAUUGAUGGGACCACCACUGACAACAACCUAAACGAUGGUUACUUGAAUGGCGGAACUGCAAACACUGGCUAUGUCAGUGAAUUCGCGGACUACUUUGUCAAGUAUCUUCAGGCAUACAAGGCUCUCGACGUGACCGUCGACGCCAUCACCAUCCAGAACGAGCCGUUGAACAGCCAGUCCGGUUAUCCUACAAUGUACGUCUACGCCGAAGAAUCUGCCGAGUUGAUCCAGAACUAUAUCGGCCCGGCUAUUGCUAAUGCUGGCCUGGAUACGGCCAUUUGGGCCUACGACCACAACACCGGUACGUCUCACGAGUCACAGCAUCCCCUUAGUAGAACCCUCACGCUGACAAAAAUAAAUCAAGAUGUACCCAGCUAUCCUCAGACCGUCAUUGAUGGUGCUGGUAGCUAUGUUGACUCGGUCGCCUGGCACUGCUACGCUACCGAUGUAAACUGGACGGUUCUCACCACCUUCCACGACAGCAACCCCAACGUCAAACAAUACAUGACUGAAUGCUGGACCCCCUCCACCGGAGAUUGGAACCAGGCUGCCGACUUCACAAUGGGGCCCUUGCAGAACUGGGCGAACGGCGUAACAGCCUGGACCCUCGGUACCAAUUCGAGUGAUGGCCCACAUCUCUCCAGCGGUGGAUGUGAUACCUGCACUGGUCUGGUCACUAUUAACACCGAUGGAACCUAUACUUUCCAGACCGCAUACUACAUGAUUGCUCAAUUUAGCAAGUUCAUCCCUACCGGCGCCAUUGUGCUAAGUGGGACAGGUAGCUACACCUACACGGGCGGCAGUGGUCUACAGUCUGUGGCCUCCUUGAACCCCGAUGGAACACGCUCUGUUGUUAUUGAGAACACCUUUGACAACGAUAUUUAUUUAACUCUUACCACGGAGAGUGGAGAGGAAUGGUCGGGUGAUAUUCCCAGUGAGUCCGUGACCACUUGGGUGCUCCCAGCCGCGUCUUAA